ACUGCGGCCUUCCAGUCUCGAGCGCGGAGCGUGGAAGUCGUUCCCUCCCGGUUACUGGAGGCGGGAGAGGAGAGGAAUUAAAUCGUAAACAACCGGUGUUGUAAUGACACCGCGAAAUCAGAGCUAAAACAUCCUAACUUGGCCCGCUAUUUCGCUAUCUGCCAGAGAGACUGUUAAUCUGGUGCCUAAUGGAAGCAGAUGGGUUCGUGAGAAGACGGCGGAUGACAGCAGAGCCCGGAGGUGGGGAACCCGGGGUAGCUGGAGCUUCGGCCGAGGCGGAGAUCCGAUGGCUCGGCAGCAGGUUCCUGGGGGUUUCCGAGGGCUUUGUUGGAAGUUUGUCGCCACGGAUAGGAGGCGAAAGUGAGAUACAGACUGUGCAGAUCCAUGGAUCCACUGACAGCUUAGACUCUUCGGAACCGGACUAUGAAGGGUUGCCCCAGAGUGCAUCCACCAGCACCCACAUGUUAGCGGGGGCUGUGGCUGGAAUUAUGGAACACUGCUUGAUGUUUCCCAUAGACUGUGUGAAGACGCGCAUGCAGAGUCUGCAGCCUGAGCCGGCGGCGCGCUAUCGGAACGUUCUGGAGGCAUUGGGCCGGAUCGUGCGGACGGAGGGGGUGUGGCGGCCGAUGCGAGGCCUCAACGCCACGGCGAUAGGGGCGGGGCCUGCUCACGCGCUGUACUUUGCCUGCUACGAGAAACUCAAGAAGAGUCUGAGUGAUGUCAUCCACCCUGGAGCCAACAGCCACCUCGCCAAUGGAACAGCAGGAUGUGUAGCCACAUUGCUUCACGAUGCGGUCAUGAACCCGGCUGAAGUGGUGAAGCAGCGCAUGCAGAUGUACAACUCGCCGUACCGGGGCGUGAGCGAGUGUGUGCGCGCGGUGUGGCUGCGGGAGGGCGCGGGCGCGUUCUACCGCAGCUACCCGACGCAGCUCACCAUGAACGUGCCCUUCCAGGCGCUGCACUUCGUGGCCUACGAGUGGCUGCAGGAGCGCCUCAACCCCCACAGACUCUACCACCCGGCCUCGCACAUGCUCAGUGGCGCCCUCGCCGGGGCGCUCGCCGCCGCCGCCACCACGCCGCUGGACGUGUGCAAGACGCUGCUCAACACGCAGGAGGCCGUGGUCCUCGGCGGCGGCGGCGCCCACACACACACACACGCGCACACACACACCACGGCGCAGAUCUCGGGGCUGGCGCAGGCCUUCCGCACGGUCUACCGGCUGGGCGGCCCGUCGGCCUACUUCAAGGGCGUCCAGGCGCGGGUCAUCUACCAGAUGCCGUCCACGGCCAUCAGCUGGUCCGUCUACGAGUUCUUCAAGUACGCCAUCACCAAGCGCCAGCAGGACAAGCGCCGCGGCAACCCGGCGCUAGGAGACAAGUAGCCCCGCCCACCACCAGCGGAGCCUGGGCUCUCAUCUCAUCUUCUUUUUUCUCUCUAUUCUCUCGCUUUUUCUCUCUACAUUCACUUGUCUCUCUCUCUCCCUCGCUCUCUCUCUGUACAUUCUCUCUUUUAUCUCUCUCUCGCGCUCUCUCUACAUUCUCUCUUUUCUUUCUCUCUCUCUACAUUCUCUCUUCUCUCUCUCUCUCCCCUUUUCUCUCUCUUUUCUCUCUCUCUAUCUCUCUAUCUCUAUCUCUCUCUUCUCUCUCUCUUCCAUGUAGGUGGUUGGGGAGAGAUGAAAUAAAUGAAACGCACACAAAGUAAAACCCAAACGUUAAACCUCAUGCCUGCCCCCCCCCCCCCCUUCCCUUCUUAAAGAGUCUGAGCUGAGGGAUGCUGUCAUGUCCGCUGCUGCCACUGAGGGGCGCUGUCACUCUGCACCACAUCACAAGUUCACACACACACACACACAUAUACAGACACACAUACACACAUUGUGCACACACACAGAUAUACAGACACACACACAGACACACAUACACAGACACACAUACACACAUUGUGCACACACACACACACACACACACACACACACACACACACGCAUGAGAGAGAGAGUGACCUCAGACAGCCCAGAUAGUGAGAUGUAGAGUGGAAUCUAGUGUGUGACUGAAUCUUAGCUUGACGACCACAUCUAUAUAUCUGUGCAUUGAUUGCUGAUAGAUAACCUUUUUCGAGAAGAUAACUCAGAUUUAAUGUAAAGUAUUUGACAUAACUUUGAUCAGAUUUAAUGUAAAGUAUUGAGAAGAAUGGUUUAAGUUAUUUGCCCCAUUGAGGAGGGGCCGUGGGGAAUCUUAAAGACUAUUUUUAUAGCAUUUUAUCCCAGCAGGAACCCAUGGUAUGUACACACAUUAGCUUUGAAAGCGUCCACGCCCACGAUAACCAAAACCACACACACACACACACACACACACACACACACACACACACAUACACACAUACACACACACUCUCUCUCAUUAUUACUGUUAAGAGUACCUGUGUAUCCCUGCCCGUAUACAUCCCAUAAUGUAGAUUAUCGCUGCUGGUAUUAUAACGCACUAGAAGACCUAUCAGGCUCAAGCUGGAGAUGCUGAUUGGUGUGAGUGUGUAAGAGAAAGAGUGCGUGUGUGUGUGUGGAUUGGAGCUGAGUGAGUGUGUGUAUGUGUACGUAAGUGUGUGUGUGUGUGUGUGUGUGUGUGUGAGCCUUGGCGGUGCCGUCUGCCCGUUCUCCACUGAGGAACCUGGAGAGCUGUGGCGGUCCCCCGGAGGAAGGAACACGGAACACUGGGAAUCUGCAGUUGGAAAGGCAGAGGAACUCUGGGAAAUGUAGUGUGAGAGUGUGAUGAUCAUGUGAUCAUGAGGACAGGAAGGGGAUUGGCUGGGCCUGCCUGUACUACUCACCUCUGUCUCAAUAAAGACUGGAGCUGACGCUAUCAACUCAA